AUGAGACGGCCAGGGAGCGGCAGCCGACUCACUGGGGAAUCAGACCUGAGGAUCAUCCUCGUCGGUAAGAGUGGAGGUGGGAAAAGUGCCACAGGCAACACCAUCCUUGGGCAGGAGAAGUUUCAGUCCAUACUGGCAGCAACGCCCAUUACUCAGACAUGUAGCGAAGGCAGCAGGACCUGGAAUGGAAGGAAGGUUGUGGUUAUCGACACGCCUGCUAUUUUUGACACCAAGGAUUCUGAUGAACAAACCACCCAUGAGAUCUGUCGCUGCGUCGCGCUCUCUUCCCCAGGCCCCCACGCUCUGGUGCUGGUGACCCCGCUGGGCCGUUUCACUGAGGAAGACCAGCACGCUGUGAGGAGAGUACAAGAGAUUUUUGGCCCCAGGGCCAUGAAGUACACAAUCGUCUUAUUCACCCGCAUUGAAGACAUACAGAGUGGAACCCUGAAGGAGUAUAUCUCCCACUCGGAUAACAAACAGCUUCAGGAGCUGAUCAAACAGUGUCAGGGCCGAUACUGCGCUUUCAACAAUAAAGCUACAUGGGCAGAACGGGCUGCCCAGGCUGAAGAGCUGAUGACUAAGAUUGCUAAUAUGGUGAAGAAGGAGAAUAAAGACCAAUUGUUCUACACUAAUGAAGUGUAUAAAAAGACUGAGACGCUUCCAAAGGUAAAAGAUAUGUUUUGUGUGAAAGAUGAAGGCCCACAUCAGUGUGAAAAAGACGAGGCUGAAUUGAUAAAAAUACAGAAAUCCUAUGAGAAAAAACAAAAAUCCAAGGCUUAUCAAAAUAAGUUCAGUCUCUUUGGUAUUUUUUCCUAG